AUGAGCUACAAAAGAUUUUUGUUUUUGUGUCGCUGCCUCAGAUUUGACGAUCGCGAAACUAGAGCUGAAAGACGGAUGAUUGAUAAACUGGCUCCUAUUCGUACUACGUUUGACCUUUUCUUGAAAAAUAUCAAUCAGAAUUAUAAUUUGAGUGAAUAUACUACUAUUGACGAAAUGUUACACCCAUUUCGUGGUCGGUGUCAAUGGAUACAGUAUAUCCCAAGUAAACCGGCCAAAUAUGGCAUCAAAAUGUUUGCAUUAUGUGAUGCAAAAACAUUUUACACGAGUAAAAUAGAGAUUUAUGUUGGAAAACAACCACCUGGUCCGUAUGAGGUUUCUAAUUCACCAAUUGAUAUCGUGAAACGAUUAGUAACACCCAUCGAAAACUCUAAACGAAAUCUUACCACUGACAACUGGUAUACCAGUAUUCCACUUGCAGAUUACUUAUUACAAAAAAAAUUACUCUAA